AUGAGCGCGAUCGCCCCUGAUCCACCAAUCAUUCUAUAUGACUAUCAAUUCGCUCCCAAUGCUCAGAAGUCAAGAAAUCUGUUGUUCAUGUGUGGAAUACCGUUCCAAACGUGCGAUCAACCAUUUGUCAUGCCACGUCCAAUUCUCGCAGAUCUUGGUGUCACAUACAGGAGAAUACCUGUAAAUGCAAUUGGAAAAGACCUCUAUGCCGACAACCGUGUCUUCCUCGAAGCCAUCCAAAAGAUCUUCCCGGAAAAGGCUAAGGCACUUGCAACAAGCCCAGCUGAUCAUGCCUAUGAAUCUUUCGGUUAUCGGACCUUCUGGGUGGGCUUGCCUCUUGUUCCAGCAAAACUCGUUAGCAAGGAGAUGCAGGAAGAUCGAAAGGAGUUAUUCGCCGUCUUUAGCAGACCGGAUUAUAAAAGUCUCCGACCUAGUGCGUUGGCGGAGUUUCGCCAGAUGCUCGAUAUUGUUGAGACCGACUUCAUAACCCAGGGGCCGUGGAUCGGUGGGUCCAAGUGUUCCAUUGCCGACAUUCAUGCCAGCUGGAUGAUCAAAAUGGUCCUCCAAACCAUGGGAGUGGAGAAGGAACCAGGGUUCUCGAAACAGGAUCUCCCUAAAAUCCAUGCCUGGAUCAACGGUCUCCCGAUGCAUGACGAGAAGCAUGCGCCAGAGAAGAUUAGCGCUGCUGGCGCGAAGCAGAAGAUCCUUGCAUCGACCUAUGCCGCAAUGGAAAUUGGGAUUGACCGCAAUGAUCCUACCCAGCUCACAUCAGGAACACUGGUGUCAGUUGAGACAACCGACGAGUGA